AUCUAUCGCCGUAGAUCAACAUUGCUCGCAACCCUGCGAGAAAAUUGCUAUGACAUUGAAGUGACAGGUAUUCCACCUGUCACCGGGUGAGUGGUCAAACGUGGAUUAAUAGAAAACGUACCUAGUUAUGCUUAUGUCUGCGAAUCUUAAAUUGAAUAAUCAUAUACUAAAUGCUCUACUAUUAAUAUUGGUGAAUAUUCUGUGCAAACCAGUAAUUUAUAUUGAAUUCCUACCGGAGGCACCUGAACUGUACCGCGACUCCUUUGUUUCAAGCUCUUCCAAGAGCCUAUUGUUCAUCAAAACCGGACUAUCCCUAGAAUUGCUAUAGCUCACCACGAAAUUAUAAGAGGGAACUAAACGUGAGUAAAUCUCUGUCUUAUAUUGUUAAAUUUCACUACCUCUAAUAGUAAAGCAGAGGUUCAUAAAAGCAUGAUCGCGGAGCAUUCGAUCAAAUAUUAUAUAAAAAUAUAUUACAUUAUUGAGCCACUAAUUUAUACAAAAAUGAAAAUUUUCUCCGUAGGAAUAUUAUAUUCUACCUAUAAAAACGGAUAAUCUGUGUUCAUCAUUUCCGUCUCGGAGAAUAAUAAUAUCGGAAAAUUCCCGUUGGAGUUAAUCCAACAAAAUAUAAUAUUCGUUUAAACGAAAUAUCUGUCACGAGCAUGUCAAGUCGGGGUGCGAAAUCCGGAGAUAAAGGUGGGAAAGGAAGUGGUAAAGGAGAUAAACAGGAAGCCAAGGAUAGUGAAGUGGUUAGUGGUAAAGUGGCCGGUGCUAAUGAAAGUGAUGAUGUUGUGGUGGUGGAUGAACCGGAGAAGACCGUCGAGGGAUACACCUGCAAGUGCUGUAGAGAACUAGAUACGGACGACAUGGUGCAAUGUGAUAGGUGCGACGGAUGGUAUCACUACGAGUGUGUUGGAGUUACGGAUGAGGUUGUCGACCAAAGCUGGAGCUGUGCCAACUGCAAGACUGCAACCUGGAACCAGCGAUCGAAAUCAAUGUCAGAUAGGGAACCAGCACCUGAAAGUACCAGCAAAGAGCGCCGAUCAAAACGUGAUGUACCCAAGAAGGACGUUUCUACCAAUAUGCCAGUUAAUCAAUUGAACGAAAAGCUGGAUCUACCGAAAACAUCAGGAUCAUCUUCAAGGACACAAAGACCUACAAAGAAACUUUUCGUUCCAUCGGUGGACGGAUUACCUAUUAUUGAGUUAGAGGAAGCACGGUCUGAAGUUUCUUGUUCGUCAUCACAGCGGUCCGCUCGUAAUCGUGCUAAGUUACAGCUACAGCGACUAGAAGAAGAACGAGUUUUUGAACAACAGCAAGCAGAUCAACAGCGGUUGAGGGAACAGCAAGAAGCGGAGAAGCAUAAAUCCUUCAUGGACAGGAAGUAUAAACUAUUAGAAGAACUUGCAAGCGAAAGAGGAUCAAGUCAGGGCUCCAACAGUGUAUACUCUCAGAGACGCUUGCAGAAUUGGGUAGAAGAAGCAGACCUUUCGGAGGCAAUACAGCAACCUCGUCAACUUCCAGCACAGCGGGAGCAGGGUCAAGAAGAUCAGCUAAUAGCAUCGCAGGAAUUACGACAGCGUCAGCAGCCAGCCGUUAGAAUGUCUACGUACUUCAAUCCGAAUAUUCAACCACAGUCAACACAAAUGCAGCCAUCAUUGAGCCGAGCUCCAAGGAGGCUGGCAAACUCAACAAUUUUGGAAAACCCGGAUGGAUCGUUAGGUCAACUUCAUCUCAACAGUAUGCAUCCAGAUGAUCCAUUCCAGCUCUCACGCUCUCAAAUUGCAGCUCGACAAGCCGUUUCCAAAGACUUACCACCAUUUUCCGGAAACCCUGAGGAUUGGCCGAUCUUCUUAUCCAUGUUUAAUAGUACUACCGCUAUGUGUGGAUUCACGGAAGAGGAAAACAUUGUGCGACUGCAGAAGAGUCUGAAGGAAAGGCCUAUGAAGCUGUGA